ACACACACACAAAGUAUUUUACUGCAGAACAUUUCUCUCUCACAUGUGUGGGAAGCAUCGUUGCCAUGACGGUGCCUGAGUCAGUGCACCGCAUAAAACCAAGAGAGAGACAGAUUUUUCAGGCUGGGCUUUACAAUCAGCAUAUGGUCGUGAGACGCUCAACGCUGAAACAUUGCAAAGAAGAAAACGAUAGAAACAAAGGAGAGGAACGAGAGCGCGCUGAGACACUGGUGUUGUUUGAAUGAGCUCAGUGAAGUCUCUCCCGGGACACAGUAUGUGACGGGGGGCACACAAAACGUCACUACACCUGCUGCGGGCUGGAAUAGAUGCACAAUAGAGAGAGAUGUCUCGUUUUCACUUUCUCAUUCGCACUAUAAAGAGCUUGCCAAGUGAAUUCCACGUGAAUCAGAUUUCUGGGAAUAAUCGGCUGUUUGGAUUGGGCGGAAAUAAAACAAACAACAAUGCCCCAACGACGCACCGUUCAUUCCUGGCGCUGCCUCUUGUUCACGCGGUCGUGCGGUAUUUCCCGGUUGAUUCCCAUUAUUGGAGAGUGUCAGUAGUAGGCGGUGACCGGAGCUGCAUGCCUGCUGCCGGUGUCUCGAGCUGAUCCGAUUCCUACAGCCUGCCCCCGGUGUAGAUAUGACUUCCUGGCUACAUAAAUGCGGUUACCCGACUCUGCAUUGCGUGCUGUUCUGCGUGGUAUUGGCCGCUAACAUCAUUGGCGGGAGCUCAGAUUCCGGUGAGAGUGUAUGUUCGUCUCCUCCUGUCUCGUCGUGUUCAGAGUGCCUCCGACGCGGACCACAGUGUGCCUGGUGCUUUGAGGCGGGUUUCCUGGAUGGAGCAGAGGUGGGAGAGCGCUGCGACCUGGUGGGGAACCUGGCAAGGAGGGGGUGUGGCCUAGAGUUCAUAGAGCAUCCACAGGUCAUGGUGGAGGUCAAUGCUACGACCAGCAACACUCAGGUGUCACCGGGAGAGAUCACCCUCAAUCUCAGACCAGGUGCUGAGGCCAGUGUGAUAGUAGCAGUACAACAGUUAGAGAGGUAUCCUGUUGAUCUGUACUACCUGGUGGACGUAUCAGCAUCCAUGCAGGAAAACCUGGACCAGUUGAAGACGGUGGGCGUAGCCUUGUCCCACCGUAUGAGAGAACAUUCCAGUGAUUUGCGUCUGGGGUUCGGCUCCUUCGUUGACAAACCUGUCUCCCCCUACAUCAAUGUACACCCCUCUAAGUUAAAUAACCCCUGCAGUGACUAUGAGGUGAAGUGUCGCCCAGCCCAUGGCUUCCACCAUGUUCUUAGUAUGACGGCAAACAUGUCCGAGUUUACCCGCAUCAUCAAGAGACAGAGGAUAUCAGGCAACAUGGACACACCAGAGGGAGGGUUAGAUGCUAUGCUCCAAGCUACUGUAUGUCAGGGUGAGGUGGGUUGGCGUGGGGAGGCCAAGCGUCUGUUGUUGUUGAUGACAGACCAGCCUUCUCACCUGGCGUUGGACAGCAGACUGGCUGGUAUAGUCACACCCCACGAUGGCUUCUGUCAUCUGGAGAACAACGUCUAUAUGGAGAGCACUACCAUGGACCAUCCCAGUUUAGGCCUGCUGGCUGAGAAGCUUCUAGAGAACCACAUCUACUCUCUCUUUGCUGUGGAACAACUACAAUAUCAGUGGUAUGAGGAGUUGGUCAGGUUGCUACCAGGCUCCAAUCUUUUGUUCCAGGCUCCCAAACUUAUAGACGUGGUGGUGGAUGCAUACAAGAGGUUGUUGUCAGUUGUCCAGGUGUCUGUGUCAGUGGAGGACAGAGCAUUCAGCCGUUUCCUGGUCAGCGUCUCUCCUCUCUGUCCGGAAGGAUCUGUAUCCCACGACAACCGCAGCUGCUCCAACGUCCAGCCCAACCAGACGGUCUACUUCAACAUCACCAUCGGCCUGCACUCCUGUCCUGACGAUGAGGAUGAGGAAGAUGACGUGGUCCAGGUCUUCGUCAGGCCCGUGGGUUACAAUGAGUCAUCCAUCAUCAAGGUUCAUUCACGAUGUCGCUGUCACUGUGGACCGGACUGGCAUUGCCAUGACGAUACCACACAUCAGUCAACGUGUGGAGAGGUCACCCCAGAUACAGACCGUAAUAAUCAAGACUUGAACAAUCGGGACAUGCACACACACACACCGGACCUAGACCCAGAGCACACACCCACACGCCCUCACACACACGGACCGGAGUGGUCACGGCAGUGUCGUGCAGAGGGAUCGGGGGUGGACUGUAACGGUCGGGGAGUGUGUGUGUGUGGGAAGUGUGUGUGUGAGAGGAACAGUCUGGGAACAGUAUAUGGACAGUACUGUCAGAUGGACGACUACUCCUGCCCCUACCAACACGGACUACUGUGUGGAGGGCGAGGUAUGUGUGUGUCUGGUGAUUGUGUAUGUGAAGAGGGCUGGACAGGAGAGAGCUGCAGGUGCCCAGUCUCUACGGCAACCUGCCUGUCCGACAAUGGGUUGCUAUGCAGCGGGCGUGGCAGGUGUGUGUGUGGCAGAUGUGUGUGUGACAACCAUCAAUAUUCCGGAGCAUUUUGUGAGAGAUGUCCCACCUGCCACAGCUCCUGUCAGUCACACUGGAGGUGUAUAGACUGCCACUUGUCUCACGGUCUGUCUCAGAGAGAAACGGGGGAGUGCAACCAUACCUGCAUCCCAUUAGUGGGUUACGUCAAUGAUGUCACAGUCCUACUAGGUCAGGUAUGGAGACAGUGUGUGUAUAAGAAAGACAACUGUUACUAUCGCUUCCACACUGCACUUGUCUCAGGAAAUACUCUUCUACAUUUCAACACACAACCUGAGUGUGUAUCCAGUAGGCGGUAUGUGGGGACCUUCCUCAGUGUGUGUGUGUUGACGUUCCUCCCUGGCUUGGUGAUGCUGGCUGUGCUGGUGCUGGUGCUGCACAGACGAUCUUUGCCACAGGGUGGCGCCACUGAUCAACAAUACAACCCCACUGGCAAGGAUCUGUCACACGUCCCAAAGACCAAUGAGAAGACGGUAUCCUACAGGAGGGACCGCCCCCCGGGCCCUGACCGACCAAUGGAGAUGCAUAUCACCGUUCCCAAGAUGCCCCUGGGCGAACCCUGGCAGUAAGGGGUCAGGGGUUAGAGGUGAACGGUUGAAGUGGGCCAAUGCUGACCGGUACAAAAAAGCAGCAACUCUAAUGUUAUACUGCUUGAGAAGCGGCACCUCUGAAAUACAGGUACAGUAAAAUGACAGUGAGCAGGCCUACAGGAAUCUUUUCUCAGUACACUUGCACUGGUUACAGGUUAGGGGAAGGAUAGUAAAUCAUGAAAAACUGGACAGGGUAACACUCCAAACAAGAGUCUUGUUACUGAUACUGUAAUAUUAUGUGGCUUUAUGGACUGGCAGCCAUUGAAAGGUACUGAACAUUGAUUGAUUUAUCAAUGCUAAAUAUUUAUGUUUUUAUUACAGAGAACACUACAAGUUUAUUAGUUUACUUGAUCUCUCUCUCUCUCUACACUCAACCUGUGUGUCCUGUGUUAGCUUGCCACCUAGUGGUCAGUGGUGAAACGACAUAACAGAAUUGGAUGAAUGAAUAAUUGAAUGAAGGAAUGAAUAAUUUGAAUGAAGGAAUGAAUGAAUUAAUAUAUGGAUAGAUGGAUGGAUGAAUGGAUGAAUGAAUGGAUGAAUGAAUGAAUGAAUGAAUGAAUGGAUGAAUGAAUGAAUGAAUGAAUGGAUGGAUGGAUGGAUGGAUGGAUGGUGAUCUUGCACCUGCAGUAACGUGUGAAUAUGUGACACUCCACAAUCAUUACCUUUUUUUUACCUACCACCAAAUCUACUUGAUUUCUUUAUUUUAUGUGCCUGGCAUAACUGGAGUUUUGAGAGGACAGGUAGCCUCCAACGGUUGAUAAUGUACAGUAUCUAGUUUUAAUAUUUGAAACAAGCAUUCAUUUUAAAUUAGCGUACUUGUGGAGAGACAGAGUAGAGAUUUGCACAAGCAUCGUUACGUAGCAUGAUAGGUCGUAGUGUUGUCAGACUACUGAGCGCUAAUUGGCUCCUGAACUAUUGGGAAGGCUGCUGAUUGGCUCCUAAACUACUGGGAAGGCUCCUGAUUGGAUCCGGAACGUUCCAUAUUACACUUCUAUCUACAAGAAUUCCAGUAAACAAAACUAUGAAUAAUAUUUAAUAAUACAUUUGUUACAUGUUCAGUUUUUCUUUACAUCUGAUGUCUGAUGUUCACAGCAUUUAUUAGCUGCUAAUUUAUUUAGUCCAUAACACUAAUAUUGUUAUUUAUUGUGAUUUAUUUCAAAAAAAAUUGUUUGUAAUUUUUGUAUUGUAUUUUUAAUUAAAGGUACUGACUGG